AUGUCUAUUACACCUCCAAGCAAACAAUGGAUGGAUGCUCCACGACAUUCAGCUCAAUUUUUGGAAGGAAUUAAAUCCUUUAUUAGGUUCGCAAAAGAUACUGGAGGGGCAGAUAAAUUAUACCUCUGUACAUGCUCGAAAUGUAAGCUCUUUUCAGCAAAAAAACAAUUUUCUCUCGAGGAAAUACAUUUGCAUUUGCAAAAAUCUGGUAUCCAUAAGCCAUACAGAAUUUGGAUACAUCACGGAGAACAGCUGCGUCCAAAUGCUGUCAAUGUUAAUCCAGCUCCUAAUUUAUCUUCUAACAAUGUUGUUCAUUUUGAAGAUUCUGGUCGGAGACUGGUCGACAUGUUCAGUGACCUACAUCGACGUAUUGACCUCGAUAAUGAUAUGGAAGAGUGUUCCAAUGAUGUUAAUCAAGAGAGUGGUGCUAAUGUUGAAGGUGAUCAAGGUGCUGAUAUAAAUUACAAGAAGAGGAUUGAAGAUUCGAUGCAACCCCUAUAUCCUUCUUGUGAUGGGAAACAUACGAACUUGUCUGCAACAAUUGAAUUGUUAAGUAUGAAAGCAAGACGUAAUUGUUCUGAUGGAUUCUUGACUGAGUUGUUGCAAUUUAUGAAGACGAUUCUACCUGCUGGGAAUACAUUACCAGCAACAGCCAAUAAAGAGAAGGCUAUGAUUGAACCUUUUCGAUUGAAGUGUGAAAUUAUACAUGCUUGCCCGAAUGAUUGCAUUCUUUACCGGAAGGAAUAUGCUGACAUGGAUGAAUGUCCUAAUUGUAAAGCAAGUAGAUGGAAACCAGUUGAUACGAAGAAACCACAUGCAAAAAGAGUGCCAAUGAAAAAACUAAGAUAUUUCUCAGUUGCUGAAAGGUUGCAGCGCAUGUUUAGUAUACCAUGGAUAGCAGAGCUGUUGAAUUUCCAUGGUAAUAUAGAGGAAAGCAGCACACACAUGCGACAUCCCAUGGACUCUCCUUGUUGGAAGUUUAUAGAUAGCAAGUGGCCUGAGUUUUUUGCAGAGAAGAGAAAUGUGCGUUUAGGACUGGCAACCGAUGGAUUUAACCCUUUCGGAAUGAACUAUCCCCAUAGUUGUUGGCCCGUUAUGCUUGUACCGUUGAACCUUCCCCCAUCACACUGCAUGGCUAAAGAAUUUACAAUGUUGACACUACUGAUUCCUGGUCCAACUGAACCAGGCCAUAACAUCGAUGUUUAUUUGCAGCCGUUAGUCGACGAGUUGAAAGAGUUAUGGUAUGUUGGAAAGUUUACAUAUGAUGCUCAUGCAAAGAGUAACUUUACGUUGAAAGCAAUCUUAAUGUGGUGUGUGCAUGACUUUCUGUCCUAUGGACAUGUUUCUGGUUGUAGAACAUCGGGAAGAUUUGGUUGUCCUGUGUGUGGUGAAAAGACAUAUGCAAUCCGGCUAAAGAAUGGACGUAAAUUCAGCUACAUGGGUCAUAGAAGAUUCUUACCAGCUGACCACCCCUUCAGAAAUGAAAAAGAAAAAUUUGAUGGAACCGAAGAACAUGGAGAUGCUCCAUCCCGUUUGACCGGAGCCCAAUUGUUGACGAAGAUGAAUAGUGUGCGAACAUAA